AGAUUCAGUCCGUCAGUCCCCAACAUCUUUUCCCAGGCACAAAGCAAGAGAAACAUUGGGACAGAGUUAAAGAAACCCCAAACAGACGACUGAAAGGAAUCAGCCCCUUGGAGAUUCGUUGCCAACAAGCAACCGACUUGGUGGUGCACGGAGUUGUGCGUUUUUAUUAGUAUAAUUUACUUAUAAAAACAACCCCAUUGCGAAGUAGUCGGCGGGUCAGAAGACAGCGCAGUCACACAGUCCUCAGUCAUUCAGUCAUCAUCAUCAGCUCAUCUUCGUCGUCAACAACAGCAGCUCCCCAUACAAAAAAACACACACACACACCGUUUUCAUUUUCCAAACGUCCAGUUCAUCCUGCGCGGGAAGGGAAGAAUACCGUAGAACUGCCAUUAUACUACCCAGCUCGGAUACCCGUCGGAUAGUGUAGCCGGACCGGGGUUGGGAACUUAUUUUUCUAAGUCACUCAAACACACACACACACAGAAGCCACAAAACAAUCGGUUUGGCCUAAGCGGAGACGACUACUACUGGAGCAGCAGCACCAGGCCGGGACAAUGCGAGGUGAGUGGGCUGCAUGGUUAGCAGAGCCGGGCGAACCGCGGGCCAUAUACAGGUUUUACAGUAACUAUAUGAAGUGCUUUGGAAACAAAUAGAGCGGAGAGGUAUCGAGUUCCAUUUUUGGUUCUUUUUGUUCUAACCCAUGCCGCAAGAGAAGAGAAAAAGGCAACUACAAUCUCUAAUCUCGAUGAGGAGUAACCGUUUGUGUGUUUUUGAAACCCCAUUUGUUUCAUUCUCGAUUGAUGCCGACACAGGCUUGGUAGGGUUUUAAUUGUUCCGAAUGAAAACGAGUGGAAAAAGGUUUCCUGUCAUGGUGGCAUAGAUGCCGGCUUUCCUUGGAAAAAGAAAGAAAUGCAAGGAUAGCAAAAUAUCGACUGAGAUGGGUGAAUGUUUAACAAAGUAUAUAAGAGAGAGAGAGAGAGAAAAAAAUGCAGGCGAAACAGUAAUAAUAAUGGAGUAUUAAAGAAGCAAGCAUAAGAGACAGAGAAAGGAAAAGCAUACUUUAAACCAAAGUUUAAUUAUAAUCAUUGUUGAGAUUACGGUUAAGGUUACGGUUAGGCGCGCACGUCUGUGCGUUUUGAAGGUUUGCAGGCUUCCUCCCCAUCGGUGGGAAGAGAAGUGUGUUUGUGUGUGCGUGUGUUUAAUACUGUUCAGGGAAAUCGCCAUAGCAAGCGAGACGUGUCGAUUGACGUUCAGGGACGAUUGGGAAAAAAAGCGGAAGCGAAAAGCCCAGUGAGAGCGAAAUGAUCCGCGGGGAGAGUUGGAAAAACUAGGGAAACAAAAAUGGUAUGAAUUAUCGCUAAAGAAGAUCAACGAAAAUAUGAAAAAAGCAUAACAUGGCCCCCCCAGAAAGGCCGAUACACCAUUUCAACAGAGUGGCCAAAUUUCGACUCAAGAAAUGAUAGGGGAGGAUGCGUGUUAAGGCACCCACAUCCUCCGCAAGCGAAGUGAACACUUCCAAACGAGCGAGCGAGCAAAUUUCUUCACAUUUUCUUGUCAUUUUCCCUCUUUUGUGGGGGUCUCUGUUGUCACCCACAAUUUUUGAACAAAACGGCCAUGAAAAUGAUGAUGAUGGUGGUAUAGUAAUAGCUCCGGUCCUUCGGGUUCCGUUCGGGCGUUUUGUGAUGGUUUGGAGAUGGUGGCAGACAAUAUUUCUUUCCACCCGCCACCCAGCAGCGUGUGUCGCCCCAACAGACGAAUGAGAAAGUGCUGAAGCGUGAAAAAUUGAAAUGAUCACACCCUCUGAGGAGGGGGGGGGGGCUCUCCCCAACUUCACUUUCUUCAUUGAGAAUUGGGAACCAACGAUCUACGGAUAUAUCAACAAAAGCGCUGACAUUCCUCGCACGCUGGACGAUGUAAAACUUGGAUUGGAUUGGAGAGACGUAGAGGGAUUUUUUUGUGUUUUGUAAGAUUGUUCACUGUAUGUGUGCCUCAAGCCAUAUCGGACAAAUUGUUGAACUUGCUGGGCACCCUCCCAGUCUCGCCUAUCACCAAGGGGACAAUCUUUUGGAAGGCAAACUUCCAGCGCGCGCCGUACCGUGGCGCAAUAUUAUCAUCCCCACGUAAAUGACUUUCUUGUCCGUGUGGCGCACCAGUUCGCUCUUUUUCUUCUAAAAGCAUACAUACAGAAGAAUAGAUUUGCACCUCAUUUCUAACAUCACGUUUCACCCGGCGAGCCGGCGAGAGUGGAAUGAAAGCUAUGACAGAUUUGUGAGAAAUUGAAGAAUUUGGAAAGGAAAGUAUUCAAUUUUUCCCCGUAGUGGAAUCUCGACUGCCAAAACCGGCAGUGUUCCUUUCGUAUUACGGAAAUGUGGAUUGUGUGCUACACCCACACGCCAUUGAACGAUGGUUUGUUCCUUCCUCCCCUCACCCUCGAGUCAAACGGCAAGCCGGAGCGGUUUCAACGAGAGACAAAUUAUGAGACAAUUUAAUUUUCUUUUCUUCCAUACUCUCGCGUUGAGUUGUCAGUUACGGUCAACUGUUACGAGUGUGUGUGUGUGAUUAUUGGUGCCACAUUAUUUGUGUUGUUUUGUGGUUUUGUUAUUCGCAUUGUUCGCAACCGCCUAUUCGCUUUUUUUAAGGAGAAUGGCUGACUUUCGUGUCUAUUACGUUGCCUUGUAUGUUGUACCUCUCUACGUAGCGUUUACCUUACCUUCACUUUAUUAGCAAUAGACUGUUUUUUUCUUAUUGAACUUGUUUUUUUUUACAAAAUAUACAAUAUUAAAACAUACAAAUACAACCACAUACACACAUACAGCAGCAGGGACAGAGUAUCAGGGGAGGGCAAGAGAAAGGGCAGAAAAACUCGCCCGUAAAGUACACUUAAAACAUAAUUUUUACUCUUUGUACAUAAACAUACAGGCAAUAAAUGGGGUCGUGCGGUACGGUAGAAAUGAUUUUUACAAACGCCAUUACAAUACUUUUACACAUCUAUUACAUUACCCAUACGGAAUGUCUAAUAUAAUAGACGAACUCGACUCGAACUCGAAUGGUGUACUGCAUUAAAUACAUCGGCAACUAAAUAUUUAACUUUUACUACGUUAAUUUUACUUUAAGCCCCGGAAAACACACGUGCUGGUUUUUUUUUUAAAUGAAUGUCCAAAAAUACGCCAUUCAUCCGAACCGCUGUAUCGAGCGAAUAACAGCAUUACAGCCACUAAUUGCAUUACACGAUCCGCUCUCACUCCGCGGCAGAGCUAAAAAAGCGACCUUCCGAAAACGAACGCCAUCGCUUUUUAUGUUUUUGAUUGAAAAAUCAAUACCACCACAAACACGAGAUUUUUGAAGGUUGUUUGGUGUUUUCUUUAACGGCCGUUUGUGGCAUCACUCAAUUUUUUUUGAGUUUUUUUAUUAUUGAAAACGAGUAAACUCGUGUUCGAUUCACCGGAAGAGUGACCUCUCGGAGUGUGUGUUUUUAGCUCGUCUCUAUCGAAUGUUUACUUUCACGCUUAAGCGGUUCCGGGAACGAGCGUGGACUACUAGUCUACUCCAUCUAUUUUCCACUAAACGGGACAGCAAACAUAUGCGACCAGCUUUGACUGCGAACGAGCAUCGAUGUGGUCAUACAAGCACACAUAUAUGGCCAUUGAGUUUUGUUUUUUUUUGCUCUUAUUGUGCUGUCAAUUUCUAUUUCAAACCACAAAAAAAAAACGUUCCUACUACUUGUUGUGGUCCGAUCGGGGAAGCAUGGAACGGAUGACCGCGCCGGAACCUGGAACAUUCGAACCACACACACACACUUCCUAUGCCUCGUGCGCUGUUGUGUGUUGGGUGGUUCCUUCCUUCGCACUCUUUCGCAAACUCACAUCGACUCGUGCAAAAACCCAGCACUCACUCACUCAGUCAGGAAAAAGCUUCAGCAAAACGAACGCGCGGAAGAAAGGGAACCAAACGCCCCGGAGCGGACUUGUAAAGUUUCCCACUUUUUGUUGUACAGUACACACACAGUUGAUGGGUGUGUGUGUGUUAUGGUUUUAGUUUUUAGUUUGUUUUCCUUUUUUAAAAUAAGAUAAACAACAACAACAACAGCAACAGUAGCUAAUAAGGCGAGAACUCGGCUAAGUAGAGUGAAGAAGUGGGAAAGUUUUGUAAAGAGUUUUGUUUUGUUUUGCGCUUGUUUUUGUUUUCCAUUUUUAUGUGUUGUUUUCACAAUCUUUGUAUUGUUGUUUUUUUUUGGCUACAAACAAUACAAAGACACACAACUAUACACCCAUACACACAACGAAACCUAGGGGAGGCAAAUGUACGAGGAACCAUGUGUUAGAAUGAUUGUUUUUAUAAAACAUUGAAAAAGCAACGCAAGAACGGGCUGGCGGGAACAUUUGGCUCGAGCUGACCUCCAUUAUUUGUGGGACAUUAUUUGUGCGAUCUCCUCAAUAGGUUCUGUGUGUUGAUUGAGGUUUGAGCGUUUGCUCUCCAUGAGACGAAAGAUAUCGGUGUGGACUCUUUCUUUGUCGCUCUGAAUGCCUCUGAAUGAUAGUGAAACUGGCUAUGCCAGUACAGCUUGGAAACGUACACGAUUUUAAUAGAAUAUCAAACUCAAAACAAGCAAACAUCAACCUUUUUAGACGUAAGGAGCCGUUUGUAGUGUGGCGGCCAGUAUGUUGUGUGCGGCAGUGUAUUAGUACAUCUCACCAUUCCCCUGUCGGUCUUGAAUGUUUUGAGAAAGCUCUUUAGCGUAAGUAAAUCAAAUAUACAACAAACACACACACACACCUAAACGAUGAUGAUGAGGCCGUUGCAUCGAUUGUAACGUUGCACCGAAAUUGUAGUGUUGCAGCUUUCCCAUCGCUAACAUUCUACAUUCCGACGUAAACUCAUACACAUCGUCAUAAGCGCAAACGAGCAGCACCUAACUCUAGUAGUGGUGUAGGUUGCUGUAUUUUACAGUGCUACAAAUGCAAAUGACUUUGUAAAGUCUUUUUUCUAUAAAAAAAAAUGCAGGAAAAUCCCACUCAUUAGGAACACGGGAACAUUGGCGGAGAGUAGCGACAAGGAGCUAAACUCACUCUCACCUAUAACUACGAGUAUUCAAAACAUUAACACACAAACCCGUAUUAUAAACACUGCUCUAGUAUUUUUUUUAAAUGACGGAUCGUAAAAAAGCAUAUGUGUGCGGGCGUGCAAAACCGUAACAUAACUAUGUCAUAAGUAACAAUUUAUUUAACGAAUAAGAUAAUGUAUUAACUUGUAACAGGUAAAAAGGGGGGAAGAACAAAAACGAGCGCAAAACGAAACGAAACUGAUAUUUUACACACAAACACACAGACACAUAAACACGUAUCCAAAGACUGUAUAAAAAAACGUAUUAGUUAAGUAAGUAAUUAUUUUAAGUUUCGUUUUACCACUGCUCGUGCUGCUCCGUUGUUGAGUAAGGAAUUAUUUAAUAGGAUUUUAAUUUAACGAUAAUUUAGCGACCCGUCAAGUUUCCAAUAGGAAAAAAGGAAACUGGUUUUUAAUAAGAUAUUCAUAGUGGUGUACAGUGCGGUGUAUAAAAACGCGCGCGAAGAGAAAAGAUCAGCUUUUUCACCUUUAAAUUGCCAUAUUUUUAUUUUUACUCCUGCUUUCAACAAGUGAGUUGUUUUUUUUUUUUGUUGUAAAAUCGAUUAGUUUGGCAUUUAUAUUCACAGAAAGUGUGUUACCCUUUUCAAGCAGCCUGAAAGGGGAGAGGAAAUAGGGAACCGUCUCUGCUGGGGAGUAGUAUCAAGUGGGGUCAACGCAGUAAGGCGGUCAGUGAACAGUCUGGGCGUUUAAUUAUGCGACAAGUAAUGGAAUGAAAGUUUAAGCAAACUUUCCACAAUGGCGAUAAUAGCUGUAUUAUGUUGAUUCUCGGGGAAGAUUGUCCCAGAUUGUCCGUUUUGCUAUGAAUGUGCAAUGCAUUCGAUUCCCAACGCUUUUGUAUAUUCCCUCGACACUCUCCCUCCUAGCACUUCGGAUUUUGUUUUUCAAAACCCUCCUUUAAAGCAUUAACCAACCUCUCCACGCUCACACACAUACACAAGGUGGUAGAAUUAAUUUUAAAUUAAACGUAACUAUGUAUGAUAUUGUCUUGCGCUUUAGGUGGCGGCGCCAGCUAAGGGGAGAAACGCUCAAACCGAACAUUGGAGAAACGAACUUCAAUGCGUUGGCGAGUGUGUGGGAUUUUGUUCUUUUUUGUGUGUGGAGAGAAUUUUUAAACCAAUGCAAGUAACAACAAAAAAGUAUUCAUUAAAAACACACACACACACAUAUUAAACACAUCGGGUAGGAUAUUUAGUAGAAAAAGCAAACACGAACAAAAAAAGGGAAAUUCCUUGCGGGAAGAACAUCCCUUUCCUUUCCAUCACACCGAGCAGCAAAACACUAGACUAAAUCGGCAUACUCAUUAGCUAAAUCGAACCGCGGAGACAUAAUUAGCAAAAUUCGUAGUAUUUGCAAAACGGAAGGCAAACAAACUCAACAACAAACUCCGAUUAAACGACACGAACCCUAAUCCCCCUUUCGAUUACAAUUUCUUCAUUUAAUUAUGUGUGCGUGUGUGUGUUGUACCUUUAAUACCAUCGCGACAUAUAACCAUUUGCACAUUCCUUUUCUUCUUCCCACUUGUGCUGGGAUGCAGAGUUUUGUGUUUACUCUAUUGUUCACUAAACUACGGCACGAAAUAACGCAUAACAUAAUGAAAAAAAAAACGAAAAACAUAUGCUCAGCCAUUUCAUAUGGUAGUAAUUUAUACACAACACACACACACAUACGCGAUGAUGUAAAUUAAAAAUAAAAUUAUUAAACUGACAAAAUGGGUUGGUCGAGGAAAGAAGGUAACAAACACUUACACAACAUGACUGUACUUUGGGUGGAAAAAGUGAACAAGAAAAUGAAAGCAGAAAACGAAACAGACACAGCAAAACGCACAUGAAAAAAAAGAUAACAAAGCAAACGUUUCUGUAUCCUAAAACAAAAAUGAUAAACACUAAGAAGAAAACCAUGUUAGAUUCAUAGAGUAACGAAAAACUACACACACACACACCUUCAUAGAAAUAAAAAAAGAACAACCCCAAAACAACAGAAAGAGACUAAAAACGAGCCGAAUGAAGAUAUCCUAAGCACAAUACAAAAAAAACACAAUAGGUUUGGGGAGAACACAGCAAGAGUCAACUCCUCUCAGACAAACAAUUCCCAUCCUUUCUUCAUAAUAACACUCACUCACACUCACCCACAUACACAUACUCCUUUUUGCGAGAUCGUUAGUUAAUUGAGUGAAAAACGAUAUAUACACUAUUAUAUAUAUAUAUAAAUAUUAGUGACUUUUUAAAAGAAGAAAGAAGGAAAAAAACAAUACCAGAAGAAGAAACCCGCAAAACGAAAAUAGACUAAAAACUACACUGAAUAGAGAAUAGAGACAGCGAGAUAGCUACAGAGGGGUAAAACACAUACAAACACACACACACACGCAAACUAAACAAGUCACGUUUAUAGUAAAUGAAACGCGCGAAAACGAAGAAAAAGCACCCAAGGCAAGGAGAGAGAGAGAACCGCGGGCAGCUAAGUACUUAGGUGCAUUGCAACUGUGUAUGUUGAAAAGGCGCCACAGUUGGACGAAGUUUUCCUCUUGUUUUUUGUACUUGUCUAUCCACUGGAAGAGGAAGUACAUUGAAGAGUUCAUCAGGCGACUCUCCACUAAAACCCUUCCGCAUCAGAAAAUGAAGUGAAAAGAAAACAUUUAAAACAAUAAAAACAAAGGCUAUCAUACACCGAACAGAAUGAAAAAAGUUCGAGAACGGAAAUGAAACAGAACGAACGAAGAUGAAGAGAAAUUAACAACAACAAAAAAUACUGUAAACAUGGUGAACGAAAGUGGUGUGGGGUUCGUUCCUUUGGAAAAAAAGAACUCCAACUUCUAGCCAAGUGCUAAACGUGGAGGAGGAGAAGCAACGCAGCAACGGAGCAGUAAAUAUUAUUAAUAUAGCGAUACCAAAAGUCCUAGUUGUAAAUAUAGUGAAAUGAUAUUAACAAAAAAAAACAAUGAAAACAAACAAAAACUACUCACAGCUCCUACUACAGCCACGCUCCGGCUCAUGGGCGCUCAAGUCAUCGAGGCCAUGUGGCGAGCGUGUGCCGUCUUGGGGGGCGAAUGUGGUGAAUGUGAAACAUUAUUUUUUUCCCAUUGCAAGUAAUAUCUUCAACACAUGCCACGAACGGGAAAACUCCAGCAAACACUCAAACACUCAAAGUCACAUACACACAAACACACACUAAAUAUAAACAUCAUUCCCGGAAUUAAAAAAAAAAAUACUCACAGUUGUUCGACGGACAGUUCGAGGACAACAUAAAUCAAUUCUCCCGUUCGAAAUUCUCGUGCGCGAGAAGAAAUCCGUUAAAUUUGCCGAUAUUUAUAUAUGGAAACACUCCUCCCCAUUAUCAGCGUGAAAUAGAAAAGUCUUUCCUUGGGUAACAUUUUUGUAAAAGGAUGAACCAGAACGUAUUAAGUCCAGUUUCUAUCGAUCCUCAUCAAAUACAUCAUCCCUCUUUCUCACUAUCUCUCUCCUUUGCUCGUUCGUACAUCUGCGCGACCAGUUUGAGAGUAGAAAAGUAGGGAAGAACAAUAUUCUAACCAUACGUAGCGAGAAGAUGCGAGAGAUGUAAACAACUCAAAACGAACACUAGAACACCGAAAAAAGCAGCGUAAAAUAGAUAAGUGUAACAGAAGUACUAUUAAAAGGAAGUGAAACAACAUCUUAAUGUUUAACAUCCAAACACACACACAAACAUCAUCAUCAUCACUCACAUCAACCAAAUCACUGACCGUGUUAUCGCAUUUUGUGAAAAUAUUACACACCUACACGGAGAACCGAAACUAAACUACUGUCUCGAAAUAGAGAGAAGAAGAGAGACUUUACAGAAAUGAAAUUAAUCGUUGGACGCAUCAAAUGAAGUGCGAAAAGUGCAUUGAAGUAACAACAUGAAAGAAAGGAAGGAAAAAAUAGAAGAAAAACACUCACAAAAAACAAAACCAUAAUACAUUCAAAGACACAAAAACACAUAAGUGAAAAGUAAAAUCGAAAUCGUUCAAUUAUGGAAAAAAAUUAUACAAGAAAACAUGGAAAGACAAACACACGAACAUAACAGGAAGGGAUUAAAACAGAGAAGAGAAAGGAAAUGGUAGCGAGAGACAGAGAAAAAAAACAUAGUGGAGUAAGAAAAACUAAGCAAGAAAACUGAAAUAAAUUGCUACAAUGGGAAAGUAACUGUCAUAAACUGGAAAA